AAACGAUACUAAUUAUCUUCCCUAAGUAUGUUUAAUUUGACUGCAAUAUUGAGAUUCUUUUCUUAGCAAAAUGAAUUUAAGGUAAGCAUUAAGACACAGUUUUUCCACCUAACAAUACUUAUUACAGAUAGAAUACUAAUUGACAGUGGUUGAUUCUUAGCCUAUAUAAAGUGGCCUCAUUUUGUAUUUCACAGUCAAGAAUCACUCUCUCCAAUACUUGUCAUGGCAAUCAAGAAACAAUUCUUAGCUUUCUUCUCCACUGCUGUCAUUUUUCUCCUCCUCAGCUUCACUACGAGGACAGAAGCAAGGGCUGGAUUGCUCUCACCUGGAAUUGUCACCAACGAGCACCUGUUAGAAGAACCAGGAACCGCCCAGCACCUGCUACAAGCCCCGGAAAUUGCAACCGCUGGAACCACCCAGCACCUGCUAGAAGCCCCAGAAAUUACAACCGCGGGAACCACCCAUCACCUGCUAGAAACCCCGGAAAUUACAACAGCGGGAACCACCCAUCACCUGCUAGAAGCCCCGGAAAUCACAACCGCGGGAACCACCCAUCACCUGCUAGAAGCCCCGGGAAUCACAACCGCGGGAACCACUCAGCACCUGCUAGAAGCAACGGAAAUUACAACAGCGUGGUUCCAGCACCUGCCAGAAACCCCGGUAAUAGAACCGGGCAAUGGACAGUGAAACAGUUCCAUAGUCAUAUCUAUUACUUAUAUGCAUGGAAGAUAUGGGGUUUCCUACCUAUAAUAAUUAUAGACAUGUAGAAAAAAGUAAUGGACUCUAGUAACUUGUACUAGACGCACUGUUCCUGCUACUGCUAUAUAACUAAUUGAAAUAAUGGAAUCCUAGU